UGGAAAGGGCGACUUGUGCCAAAUUGAACCCCUUAAACCGCCUCUUAACGCAUUUUAUGUAGCUUUAAAUUAUAGUUUUUUCAUAAAUGGGCCAUUUUUGGUAUCAAAUGUGGCAAACUAACGACCUUUUUAGAGGCGUUAAAACUUCCCCGGUGUGAGCGAGGCAGACCUCGGGGCUCGUCCCGUUAUGUAGACUACACCCACUAGCUUCAAAUAGCAGCUUCUCAACGGGCCACCUGAAAACUAUUUUUGAAAUAUAGCGGCUAACGUCGGUGUGUUGUCGUGCUAAACUCCAAGAAAAGGCUUAUUUUAACGCGUCAAACUUCCUGUGACACAGGUGUUGUUGCCGUCCUGUGACGGAUUUAUCCUCUCAGCUGUCGGGUGUAAGGAGGAGAGGAAGCAAAGAUGCCGAAACCGAUCAAUGUCCGUGUGACCACCAUGGAUGCAGAGCUGGAGUUUGCCAUCCAACCUAAUACCACAGGAAAGCAGCUCUUUGACCAGGUGGUGAAGACAGUGGGUCUGCGGGAGGUGUGGUUUUUUGGCCUACAGUAUGUGGACAGUAAAGGCUACAUCACCUGGCUCAAACUCAAUAAGAAGGUUACCCAGCAAGAUGUGAAGAAAGAGAACCCCCUGCAGUUUAAGUUCAGAGCCAAGUUCUUCCCUGAAGAUGUCUCUGAGGAACUCAUCCAAGAGAUCACCCAGAGACUCUUCUUCUUGCAGGUCAAGGAGGCCAUCCUGAAUGACGAGAACUACUGUCCUCCAGAGACAGCUGUAUUGCUGGCUUCAUACGCUGUCCAGGCCAAGUAUGGAGACUACAACAAAGAUGUCCACAAGGCUGGGUACCUUACCCACGACAGACUGCUGCCUCAGAGAGUCCUGGAGCAACACAAGCUGACGAAGGAGCAAUGGGAGGACAGGAUACAGACUUGGCAUGAAGAACACAGAGGAAUGCUCAGAGAGGACUCAAUGAUGGAAUAUCUUAAAAUUGCCCAGGACUUGGAGAUGUAUGGAGUUAACUACUUUGAAAUCAAAAACAAGAAGGGCACGCAGCUGUGGCUGGGCGUGGAUGCUCUUGGACUCAACAUCUAUGAACACGAGGACAAGUUAACACCAAAGAUUGGCUUCCCCUGGAGUGAGAUUCGAAACAUCUCUUUUAAUGACAAAAAGUUUGUCAUCAAACCUAUUGACAAGAAAGCACCUGACUUUGUGUUUUAUGCCCCCCGACUGCGCAUCAACAAGCGUAUUUUGGCGUUGUGUAUGGGUAACCACGAGUUGUACAUGAGGAGGAGAAAGCCCGACACCAUCGAGGUUCAGCAGAUGAAAGCUCAAGCUCGGGAGGAGAAGCACCACAAACAGAUGGAGAGGGCCCAGCUGGAGAAUGAAAAGAAGAAGCGAGAGCAUGCAGAGAAGGAGAAGGAAAGGAUAGAGCGUGAGAAGGAAGAGCUCAUGGAGAGGCUAAGACAGAUUGAAGAGCAGACGAUGAAAGCUCAGAAAGAGCUCGAGGAACAGACUCGCCGGGCCAUGGAGCUGGAACAAGAAAGAAAGAGAGCCAGGGAGGAGGCUGAGCGGCUGGAGAGAGACCGAAAAGCGGCUGAGGAGGCCAAGUCAGAGCUGGCCAAACAGGCUGCAGACCAACAGAAGAACCAAGAACAACUGGCUUCUGAGCUGGCUGAAUUCACAGCAAAGAUUGCUCUCCUAGAAGACGCCAAGAGGAAGAAAGAGGAUGAGGCCACCGAGUGGCAGCACAAGGCUCUGUCUGCUCAGGAGGACCUGGAGAAGACCAAGGAGGAGCUGAAGACUGCAAUGACAGUGGUGCCUCCACCUCUCGGUGGCCAUGCUGAGAGCGAGCACGACGAGCAAGAUGAGAACCACGCAGAGGCCAGCGCGGAGCUCUCCAAUGAAGGUGUUAGCCAGCUAGACCUCCGCAGUGAAGAGGCACGCAUCACUGAAGCCCAGAAGAACGAGAGGGUCAAGAAGCAGCUGCAGACAUUAAGUUCAGAGUUGGCCGAGGCCAGAGACGAAACCAAGAAGACACAGAACGAUGUGCUACACGCAGAGAACGUGAAAGCCGGUCGAGACAAAUACAAAACGCUGCGCCAGAUCCGACAGGGCAACACGAAGCAGCGCAUCGAUGAGUUUGAAUCCAUGUGAGAACAGCACCUCUGUCCCCGCGGCCCUCUUUCCCUCAGGGGUACCUGCUCCCAAACUUUCCCCUUAACGGCUGCUUGAUUUUUCAUGGACAACAGAUGCCGCCGUCCUUGUAAAUCCUACCAAGUCUCCCUCAACAUCCCCAGGCAAUCUUGAGAAAUCAUCUUGUCAAUCUUUGCCAAAGUCCUGCCCUCCAUCUCCAUUCUGAAAGUUUGGAUUUCUCCCGGACAUGGAGCUGCCUACACGCCACUCUGAACAAGCAAAUUACCGUGGAAUUGCCGAGAUCAUCUGUCAUCCUUCAGCGCAGGGGAAAAGAGUGACUGUAAAACCAAAAUGGAAACAAUUGGAUUUUUUAUUUUGAGUAAACAUGGCCAUAGAAAGCUACUUUUUGUUGUUUUCUUUGUUGUUUUGCUUGAUGACUUGUAUGCAAAGCUUUAGUAUGAUUCCAUGUCUUCAGUUUAAGAUUACCUGUCCUCUUGUUGUUUUUAAGUUCUUUCGCUCUGCUUUUGUUUGACUCGUUUUAUUGAUGAUACCCUUCUUUUUAGUUGUCUAUCGAACACAUUGAGGCUGGGUUUAAUCCCAGGCUACACACAAGGACUGGAGUUUGGGGAUCAAUGAGGUCACUGUUUUCAUUGAGCGUCGAAGCGCUUCUACGCCACAUCAUGUCAGAACAUAUCACAUGCUAGAUACGCUAAUACUAUCGGUGAGUCAUUGGAGAACUAAGCUGCGAUCAUUUCACUCAAUUCAAACUAUAGUUUAAAAGUGACAUACGUUUAUGUAAAGAAAAUAACACUGCAGUAUUUUAAUAGUUUCAUUACAGGCAAAAUAUCAAGAAAUGGCAAUAUUUUCAGAUUUUAAAGAGAAUUUUUUUCUGUGAAUGAAAUUGAAGUGAAUUGACCCUCGUUAGGGAAAAGAGCCACCGGACUUGUCACACGGCAGGUUUAGACGAACGAAUGUAGCAAAGGUAACAAAGGGAAAGUGUUUUGUUUUUUUUUACAUGCAGAGGUUAUAGGAUAGCAUGUUAUCAGCUUGUGCCACUGAGCUGUCGCCCUCAAGGUUAAAAGUAUUGCGAAGAUAAGCUAAUUGGUCGUAGCGUAGCUGUGUGUUUGUGUGUCUUUUCCAGAUGCAUCCCAGUGUUUCAUUCCCAGUCACCAUAGAUGGUUUUCUCUGCCUACCAGCUCACAAAGGAACCCAGGGAGUUAAAUGGACAGACAGAGGAACAGGCAGCUGUUUGUCUGUCUGUCCAGUUGUUUGAGUGCUUGGUGUGACUGCAUGUGUGUGGUUGAGUGAGUGUAUGUGAGUGUGUACAGGUGUGGAAGCUGAGGCCUGGCACCUCUCUGGCUGGGGAGCUUAUGAAAACAUCGGUCCCAACCCGGGACAAAUCUCUACCUCAGUAAUAAUAGUAAUGGUGACUGACAGUCAAACACUUGCGGUGCUACCCCCCCAUCCCUGCUUUUCCUAAAAAGAACAAAAAAAAAAGGUCAAGAUUUUACUUAUUUGCUGUUACAUCUUUGGGCGGUGCUCCUGGGCAGGGCUGCGUUUUGUCAGAGCUCAGAUUCUUUGUGGCUGUGCGUUGGUUAAGAGAGCAUUUAGGAUUUAUAUGGAAUCAAAGUAGAGUGUUAUUUCUUACAUUUAAAACUAGUUUUACACAACUGUCUCUCCUGGCCUUGCUCAGAUGAAGCGGUUCAUUCACUUGUUUAGUCCAGAAAAAUAAGUCCCAAACAAUGAGGAAGUAAAAUAAACAAAUGCUGCAAAUGUGUACAGGACAUUUUGAGAAGAAGCUAGGUCAAUUUAUAUGGCAGGUUCCUGUGAAGGUUUGGGUUCCUCUUCGUAGCCGUCGGUGAUGACAGGAAGGUCCCACAGAACCACCUGCACUCAAAACCUCUUUUAAAAGACGGCUCUCGUGUUAAUUAUUUAAAGGCCUUAAGUGUCUGCCCAGAACUUGUGUCUCCACUGUUACAAUUUCACUUUAAGGAGACAGUUCGCGGACCUGCAAUGGAAUCUGAGAGACUUUGUGAAUUUGUAAAGAGAUGUGUUAUUAGUUGUUCUUAACGUAAACGGUCC